AUGACAUCUCUUAUUUGUCUCAUCCCAAAAUCUCCUACGCCAAAACGUUUCUCUGAUUACCACCCGGUUAGUCUCUGUAACUGCUUCUACAAGAUUUUUGUGAAGAUUUUGGCGGCCAAACUCAGCCAGGUUCUCCCAUCAUUGAUUUCCCCUGAACAAGGCACUUUUGUGGGGGGCCGAGUAAUAGCUGAAAACAUUGCUUUAUCGCAGGAGUUAUUCAAGGAGUUAAACUGGAAGUUCCAAGGUGGGAAUAUUGUGUUGAAGUUGGACAUGGACAAAGCUUAUGAUAGAGUGAAUUGGGACUUUCUCAAGCAGGUUUCUUCAAAUCGACGAGGGGGCUACGUCAGGGUGACCCAAUCUCCCCUAGCUUAUUCAUUCUCUCAGCUGAGGUGUUAA